GCCCCAGCGGAAACCCUAUAUCAUCAUCAACCGUGGCCGAAGAGAGAACUCUACUGAGCCCCAUCUCCACCGCCACCUUCGUAAAUUUGCCGCCAUGGCGUCCACGGCGAACGGCGACAAGAAGAGGAAGAAGGAGAAGAAGAACAAGAAUCUCCGAGAGCAUCCCGAGAACGACGAAUUCGAAGACAUCAAGAAAAAGAAAAAGAACAAUAAGAAGAAGCAAAGGCUUCAACCCCACGCGGAUCCGCCGCCGCGGGAGAUAGAAGAUAAGGUCAUGGAGAAGCAUGGUAAGAAGCAGAACAAGAAGAAGGAUAAGACGAAGGAGAGGAACCGACAGGAUGGCCGCGAACUUGAGAGCGCCGCCGAUAUCGGAGAGGAGAAGAAGAAGAGGAAUAGUCGCAUCACGGACCCUCGAUUCUCGUCUGCGCAUUUCGAUCCGCGGUUCCAGCGUAUGCCGAAGCGCGAAUCGAAGGUCGUCAUUGAUUCCCGCUUCUCCCGGAUGUUCUCCGAGAAGAAUUUUUCCACGUCCUCUGCGCCCAUCGAUAAGAGAGGGAAGGCGAGGAAGGAAAAAGGUGUGAAUCCUCUACUCCAUUACUAUCUUCACCAAGACGAAGAGGGGGACGGGGAGACGGAGACGAAGGAAGAAGAAACCGAUGAGCUGAGAGAAGGGAGCCCCGAGUUGCCGAGGAAAGCGAGCAAAAGUGCAUACGAGCUGGAAGUGUCGGAAGAGGAGAAGGGAGAGAAGGAAGAGGAUUUCGCUGCCUCAGAAAGUGACGAGAGUACUUCGACUAGUGAGGAAGAUGAUUAUGACGAUGAUGAAUACUCGGUCGGUAGUGAUAUUUGUCAGUAUUUGAUGGCUGACCAUAAGGAUACACCAAUGACAGACAAAGUGACUUACAGACUUGCAGUUGUUAAUAUGGACUGGGAACAUAUUAAGGCUGUUGAUCUUUAUGUGGUGAUGAGUUCGUGUCUCCCAAAAGGUGGGCAAGUUUUAUCAGUGGCUGUUUACCCAUCUGAAUUUGGAUUCAAAUGCAUGGAAAUUGAAGCAGCUCAUGGACCAUCUGGAUUGCUUGAUGGCAACGAAGAAUGCAGUGAUGAUGAUUCAGAUAUUUACAAUGAAAAAUUGCGUACUUAUGAGUUGAACAAACUAAGGUAUUAUUAUGCUGUUGUGGUAUGUGAUUCAAGUGCAACUGCAGAUCAUAUAUAUACAACUCUUGAUGGUACCGAGUUUUUAAAAACAUCAAAUGUGUUCGAUUUGCAAUUCAUUCCUGACACCAUGGAGUUCAAAUAUCCUCCUCGUGACAUCACAACAGAGGCGCCCACUAGCUACAAGGAACCGGACUUCCAUACUCGUGCUUUGCAGCACAGCAAAGUUAAACUAAGCUGGGAAGAAGAUGAACCAGAACGUACAAAAAUCUUAAGACGAAAGUUCAAUCCCAACCAGCUAGACGAGUUGAAUGAAUAUUUGGCAUCCAGUGGAGACAGUGAUGAAGGUGAUGACAAUGAUGGAGAAAAUGGUUUUGAGAGUGAUGAUGCAGCAGCUUCACCCAAUGGUGAAGAGAAAAGGCGCAUAGCGAGAGAAAAGUUACGAGCUCUUUUACAGUCUGGAGAUGAUUCUGAUGCAGAUCGCAAUGAUGACAAGGACAUGGAAAUCACUUUUAAUACUGAGCUUGAGGAUUUGGGCAAGCGGAUUCUUGAGAAAAAGGAUAAGAAGUCUGAAACAGUCUGGGAAGCAGUUCUCAGAAAAAGGAGUGAGAAGAAGAAAGCAAGGAAGAGGAGAUCUAAGUAUUCCUCAGAGGAUGAUAGUAGUGAUUAUGAUGUCCGAGAGGCACCUGACCAACCUGAUGAUUUCUUUGCUGAAGAACCGUCAGCCACUGAUACCAAGGUUAGCAAGAAGUGCAGCAAGGAGUUGUCAAAGACUAAGGUUAAAGGUAAUAGGAAAGUGAGAGAUCUAUCUCCAGAUAUGGAGAAGGAACAAGAGGCAAGUAGAGCAGAGUUGGAACUAUUGCUUGCCGAUGCCCAGGAUGCAGAACAUGGUCCUAAAGGCUAUAACUUGAAACCUAAAAAGGUUAAAGGGAAGAAGGGGAAGGAAAAGCCUUCUGAUGACAAGCUACCUGAUGUAAAUAUUGCUGAUGAUUCAAGGUUCUCUGCCCUCUUCUCUUCUCAUCACUUUGCCGUGGACCCAACAGAUCCGCAGUUCAAAAGGAGUGCAGCCUAUAUUCGUCAGCGACAACGGAAACAGCAAUCUGGUGCUAGAGAGGAAGCAACAAUGGAAGAAGCUGUGAAUUCCACUGAGCAAGUUCCAUCUGAUGAUACAAUUCCAGCUAAAGAUGAUUCCUUGGAUCCUACCGGGGAGUCAUUGGAGAGAGAGAAAAAUGAGUUCUCCUCCACAGUCUGGUCACUUAAAAGAAACUUGAGCACACUAAAAAUUAAAUCCAAGGGUAGAUGAUGUUUUCUGCUCUGCCCGUUCCAGGGAAUUGUGAAGGCUGAUAAAAUUUUGUAACUUAAAUAUUAUAUCUUCUAGCAUCUGAGAGACAUUAUGAACUUAGGGGAAGAUUAGAGCAGUAUUUUAUGAAAGAUGAGAACUUCGUUUUUUA